AUGCCUUCUCCAGAGAUCGAGGCGAAGAAGCGCCGCACUCGCAGCGACUAUGUCUUCCAUCAGACCUAUCGAACAAGAUGGUUCGACAAUGACAUGUACGCGCACCUCAACAACACCGUAUACGCCAUGCUCUUCGACUCCAUCGUCAACACCUACCUGAUCAACAACUGCGGAAUGGACCCUUUCUCCAUGAACAACAACCACGACAAAGAAAAAGACAGCAACGCCCCGCCCAUCUCAAACCAAGUCGCUAUCAUGGUAAACUCCUACUGCGACUACUUCGCCUCGGUCUCCUUCCCCGACGUGCUAGAUCUAGGCCUACGAGUCGCAAAACUCGGUUCUUCGAGCGUCACCUACGAAGUCGGGGUCUUUAAGGAGGGCGAGGACACCGUGAAGGUUGUGGGCGGGUACACGCAUGUGUUUGUCGCAAGGGAGACGAUGAGACCGACCAGCGCGGGGAUGGAGGAGAAGACGCGACGGGAGUUGGAGAAGUUGCGGACAGACGUGGCGGGGGCGGCGAAGUUGUGA